ACGAAGAUGUUUACUAUAGGUUUCCUAGUUCAAGCAACUCUCAGCUCCGUCUCUGUCAUAAACUCCAUUAUCAAGAAACCAUCAACAUUAAAGAAUACAAUCUUCAACAGAUUGAACUUGAAACUAGCUGCAUUCCUUGGUGGUUACUCAGCAAUCUUUAGGGCUGUGAACUGCAUCUUGAGGUGGGUGAGGAACAAAGACACACCUGUCAAUGGUUUUAUAGCAGGAGGCCUGGCAGGGCUGACCUUGAGAUUCUACAGAAGUGUCACCAUAGCCCUGUAUGCUGCCACUAAACUAGUUGAGAUUUUGUAUUUUAAAGGCAUAGAGUCCUAUGGCUUCCCUUACAUCAAAUGUGCUGACAUCUUCAUCUAUGCAUUCUCUACGGCUUUUAUAUUCCACGCAGCUGUGAUGGAGCCACACACACUUAGACCAGGCUACUGGAAGUUUUUACUCAGGGUCACAGACAACAAAUUUGCUCUAAUGAACAGGCAGUUGCUUGAUGUGUUUGGUGCCAAUUCCUCCAAGAUCAAACCAGAUUACUGGCCAGACUAUGACCCAGCCUUCACAACACUAACCCGCCCAAAAAGUUAACUUAUCACAUUCAGAUAGUCCAUUUAGUAGUUUGAUAAAAAAUUAAUAGGUGGUUGAUAUAGAAUUUCCAGAUAAAUAAUGUUCUAUUUUUAUAUUAAUUUAUAAUGGUUAGGUAUCACACCAUUAUUUAACUAAUGUGCUUAAAUCAACAUGCCAAGAUUUUUCUGUAAUUUAUGUCAAUCAUGUUAAUUAAUGGUUUUUUACAAAAGUGUUUUUUGUCAUUUUACAGCUAAUUUCUUUUGCUUUAUUUUUAAAUGUAUUUUCUCUUCUACUUGAAAGGAAUAUUUAGCUCUUCACAUAAGUUCAUUUUAGGCAGAUUUUACUAUAUAAAAAAAAGGUCUCAGAACAUCUCUUGAAAUCUUUUUUUUUAAAUAACUGCUUUUUCUUGAGCUUUUUUCCUUCUUUGUAAAACCACUUUCCACUUUGAUACUCAGGGCUGCAAAUAUUGUCAAAUUUCUGCAUAAUGUGUUGUCAUGGUUGUUUGAGUUGUAACAAUCUGUGAUAAGUUAUUUCCCUUCAUAAUUAAAUCUUCCUGUUAAAAGGAAUUCAUUGAUUCACUGCUGACAUGGAUAUGGCAUUCUUUCUCUCUCCCCCCCCCCCCCCUGCUUGCUUAUUUUUUAAUUUGAAACUGUUUAAGUGGCAUAAUUGUAUCAGUACUUAUUUCACCAUUUCUUUAGAAGUGCCUUUUGCUGUCUCUGUGUUAUAUGAUCCCAUCCAUGGUAAACCUUUUAAUUGUUCCUCCAUUUUUCAUUUGAACUGAAUCACACAAAAACUUUUUAAA